UUGUCUAAGAUUAUCCAGAACAUUAUGAGAGAGAUGGCCAAAUUCCUGCGAUAAGUUACCAUUGAUCUUCAGUAUUACAUCAAGGAACGCUGCUGGACGACCCAUUUGCAACCAGCGUAACUUUUUGUGUGAGGUCUACACUAUUGCUCUCCACCUCGAGGCGCCUCUCACGACUGUCCCUGGCGUGAUGGAGGGCGUGAGUGUCGCGGAACUGCGGUGCCAGUGUCGGGACAACGCCAGCGCCACGCCCUAUCAGGUUAUUAUCAACGAGCAGCUGAUGAAACUACACGUGAAUGCCCAGAGGUACGGCCAUUGGUACGUGGUGGCGGUGGUGACUCUCUACCUGCUGGGCGUGAUCCUCAUCGUGCAGCAAGACAGAAACAUCGACUGCACCGUCACUGCCACCACCACCGCCCUUGUGGAGUGUGUGUCCUGCUGCAGCUGCUCCCACGAUGACGGAGAUUCCAGCGACGACGACGAGGAAGCUGCCAUCCCUCUCGCGGCGGCCUCGCGGUCGCCGCUCCUGAUGGUGGUUGAGGAGGACGGAAACGUGGAGGGCGAGUGUUGCAGUACCAGUGUGUGAUGUGGUGUUGCUCCGUCACGUUCUGCUGACCCCAUGAACGGGCAGUUACUUAAAACUGUCACUUAGACUCCUCGGCUGUUCUGUAGUCACUUUGUCUACCACUCCCACCCACACUUCUACACACACAGAGCUCAUGAGGGGCGCUGGUCGUUCCUACACAUCAGCUCUCCUUUGUCUUUUGCUCCCUGUAACCUUUCCUUCCUAGCUGACUUGGGCACACAUUUGAGGCAACAAAGGCAUCAAUUGUACAAUACAGUGCAAGUGUAUGACCUCUCGCGAUGUAGACUUACAUCUGAGUAUUGCAGUGAUGCUAGUGAUGAUGGUAGUAGUAGUAGUAGUAGUAGUAGUAGUAGUAGUGGUGGUGGUGGUGGUGGUGGUGGUGGUGGUGGCGGCAGUAGUAGUAGUAGUAGUUGUACUGUUAGUAAUCCUAGUAUAAGUGUCAUUGGACUAGAAUAGGCAUCUUGAGAAAGGUGUUCGACUAAACGUCUGACACGAAUGGGAGGGCGUUCCUGUGUUCUCCCACCCGUGGUUUUCUUUCAUAUGUAUUGAGUUACCUGCAUUGUAUCUUAUUCUGUGAAGGUUUGGUUUUCACUUCUCUUUCCCUCUUUCUUUUUUUUUUUGUAUCGCCUGCUCUAUGUAUCUUUCUAU